UCGAACGACAAAAAACAAUGCUCGAAGGUUCGAAGAUUGUCGCCCGUCCAAGCUGUCAAGAAGACACGUGCAAUGAACUUUACUGUUUACAAGGAAAAUCAAUAUUUUUUUAUUUGAUUUAAUUUUCGUUGCGUUGUGUUUGUACUUUCAUUUACACAUAAUUGUAGUAAUCUGUUGUUAUUAAUUACGUAGGUAAUGUUCCCCAGACUUCUUAUUUUGAAAAGUCCAUAGUUUAGACUACAACAUAAUAGAAUGGUUAGAUUUAAGAACAGGUAUAUUACAGUUGAAAUAACUUGUCCUAUGGUACCGAAUAAUAAACCGCUUCAUCUUAAAUCAAAGAUUUUUCAUGAAACUGUUCUAAACAAAGUUCAACAACUACAUGGUGACUUCGGAGUUGCAUCUAUCAGGAAUGGGUUUUUAACAAAAUAUUGCAAUGAGAAUACUAGAAUAGCAAUUAUACGAACAAGACAUGGCCCACAUCGUUUUGUAACUAGUAGUCUACCUUUUAUUACAAAAAUAGAUAAAUUGGAUGUAAGACUUAACACUCUACAUGUAGGAGCAACAUUGAAACAUAGUUUUUUAUUUAUACAGAAACAUCAAAGAGCAUACUUGGAUAUGAUGUGGUCAAAAUUAAAGACAGAUGAAGAAAGAAAACAGUUGGAAGCAGCUGUCAUGGAUUUUACAAAGACUGAUGUAUCAAUCAAUAUUGAGAAUAUAGCAUAAGAUUUAUCUUUUAUUUGAUCGAUACCUGUAAUUGUUAUUUAUCAAAUUUAUUUUAAUCGAGAAGUUACACUUUGCUCAGCCUCAAUUAGGGUUCUGUAGGUAGAGGACCAGAUGGUCCUCAAG